UCCGCCUUCAAACUGAUCAUUAUACGCAAUAUCAGCUCAACGGUAAGAGCGGUUGGACUCUUUACCAAGGGGUGGUGGUUCGAUCCCCGCCCCGUUGGUCUAUUGUCGUACCCACUUUUAGCAUAGUCUUUCCCGACUAGUUGGAGGGAAAUGGGAAUAUUGGUCAUAUUAUAAAAUGUUAUUUUUCGUUGGUACGUUUGUUUUUGAAGUCAGUUGAUUUUUUUAAUACACACGAAGUUUAUUCGUGUCUUAUAUAUCAAUUAAAUCACUCGCAGAUGAAAAUCACGCAAUCGGAAAAAAAUGUUACUCACAGCGUUUAUGACUAUGAGGGAGCUCGGAGCUGGGUUUGUUUUAUAGCCUCUGUCAACUACAGACUCCCGCUCUCCGCCAAUGGGCGCAAAUGGUCGGCAUCGAUCUGAGGCCUCCCGUCCAAACUUGAAAGACAUUCUUGAAGAACGGCGUAAAAUAAAUUGAGAUUAAAUUUUUUUUUAUUCUCUACAAGUUUGCCUUUGAAUUCAAUCUCACCUGACGGUAAGUGAUGAUGCAAUCUAAGGUAGAAGCGGGCUUACUUCUUAGGAGUAGGAUGAAAUCCACACUCCUUUCGGUUUCUACACGACAUCGUACCGGAACGCUAAAUCGCUUGGCGGUACGUCUUUCGUCGAUAAAGUGGUAACUAGCCACGGCCGAAGCCUUCCACCAGCCAGACCUGGACCAAUUAAGAAACCUACAUGGGCCCAACUGGGAAUCGAACCCAGAACCUCCGUCUUGUAAAUAUACCACGCAUAUCACUGCGCCACGGAGGCCGUCUAUGCCACACCGUUUGAAACUGUAUUUGUUAAUCUAGGUAAAAUCUCCAUCAGUACAAACUGUUUUGUCUCAAGUAUUUACACAAUACUAAAACACAAAAACCUUUUUGUUUGUCUGUUUGUAUGUUUGUCCGGGCUCAUGUGUGAAACACCUUAAUCUAUUUCAAUAGGACUUUUACUAGAAGAUAGAGGAGAUUAUUGAAUAACAUUUUAUAGCGAAAAACUUCAUAGUUCAUGCGGGAUGUGUGAUACACUGAAUUUCAUCUGCACUACUAGAAAUAAAAAAAAACUGAUAAUCUCUAUAUAUAUUAACAUUAACAUAAAUUAACACUUAACUCUCUUUCUCUCAUGGCCGUCGAGGUCCAUCCCCUAACCGCCCUAAUAUUUGGUAGCUCCGCCCAAUCCACAGGGUUGAAUUCAAUAUUUUCCAAAGUAAUCACAUCCGGUAAAUUUGAACCUUGUCUUCUCGGACUUACAGCCUAUGACUCCUCUGACGAUGUGAGACAACAAACCCUCAGCUGGAUAUCGCAAAAUGGCCACCCCUUGUAGUAUAAAAUAAUUUCUCUUACCCCUAAACUGUCAUUCCACUUUUAAAGUGACAAGUGAUAGUACCAAAUUGAAAAACAAAUAUGUCAGGAGCCAGAACUCAGGUGGCAGAUUCAUCAACCUCACCACCUCUGAGUGAAAAUCGUCGAUUGGACUACUCGGGCCUGAAAUUCGCAUAUACCGAAGGUUCCGAUGACGAGAGCUCAUCGAUACCUCCAGAUCUACCGUCUUGCGUGUAUGCGGCGGCUCGCACCAGACUACAACUUCCUCUAGCGGCCUACGUUCACCAGCACUCCAGGCAAUUACAUGCAGAUUCACUCUUGGACACAUCCGUGGAGCCCGAUUACCAGUGCGGAGGCUCACCGUACCGGGUGCAGCGAGCGGCUGCGAACGUUCGCGAGCGAAGACGAAUGCUGAGCAGUAUAAACUCGGCGUUCGACGAAUUGCGUGUUCACGUGCCGACUUUCCCCUACGAAAAACGGCUCAGCAAGAUAGACACUUUACGGCUCGCGAUCGCGUACAUAGCGCUACUAAGAGAGGUAUUAGAUGCAGAGUACGAUCCCCUGACGUACGUGGAGAAGUGUCUUCGAGGGGAAAUCAAAGCCGAUAGAGCUCAUUGGAACACAAGUGAUUUGACAGCACGGCUAUCCUGGAUCAACUGGCAAAAUCUUGGAGUAAAUCCACAAAGAAGGAGCGUCCUCACUUCGCUUGCUCUCAGCUCCGACAAUCUACAGUAUCCACAUAAUUAACUUAACAUUUACUAUAAGUUGUUGUCUCGCUAUAUUUACCCAAUUACGGUAGUUGCAAUGUAAGCAUUUUCGUAGGAUGUUCGUAUAUACUGUAUAUGUAUAACGCGGUUAGGAUGCGAAAAGGUGUUCUAUAAAUGGCUCUCAUAGUAUGUGACUCAACUAGAGCUACAUGGAUCGUUUAUAACUGACGUAAUAUUAAUACCUUGAGAUGUGUAUAGAGUUGAAUAUCAUAUAGCAAUGAUUAGAUUUCGAAUUAAUAGGUAUAGUUUGUAUACAUAGAAAAGUUGAUCUUCCGUAGUGGUAUUUGUAAUAGUAGUUGAGCUGUAGGUAGGUUUUUUUGUUGAUCUCUAUAUUGUAGAUAUAAUUUACAGUAGGCUAACGAGUUACGCUAUGCGUUAGUACAAAAAUAUCAUUACGUAGUAAGGUAAAAGUAGUAAGGGAAUAGAUACUUAAGUUAUUAAGAACUUUGACUUUUAAGGACACGUUCAAAGUGAGGCUAAGCGAACGCACAACUAAUAAUGUAAGUCAAUACAACUUAUCGUGUGUUGGUCGCGAUUUGCAUAUCAUGCCGAUUGCGACCAAACACACGAUCAGUUUUAUCAGACGUUAAGUCGUUAGCGCUACAGGCAUGUGGGCUUAUCGGAUGGUGAAUGGCUAGCAUAAUACGCUAAAAUUUCGCCGCCGGUAUUACGUCUGAUAUUCAGUUAAUUUUCUUUCUACAAACGCUAACGAAAACUAAGUUGAUAACAUGACCUAUCGAUAACGAAUGUUUUUACACAUUUUUGAAGUAAAAUUUUAAUUAAGAAGCUUUUUUAAAAGCGUUAAUAAUAUCAUGAUGUGAUUUUUAAGAACUUUUUUGUUUGGACAGUGUUCAGCCAUCCAGUAUUAAAUUUAUCUUAUUAUCUGGAACAACUGCAAUGAUUUCCAUGCUGUUGUUUUUUUUUUCAAAUGCUAAUAAGCAUAAACAAAUGAGAAAAAUGAUUAUAAGCUUUAUACCGUGGCAUCUGAUAACGGGAAAUAAUCUUGAGCGCUCGUUCCUUAUCAACUUUAUCUUGAUCUGCUUGUGACAAUGCAUGAAAAACUGUUUUGUUUUAUAGAUUAGCGUUAACAGAGUUGCAAAAUAUUUUUACUUGUUCCAUUAAUAUUUUCUUAUUGCCUCUACUAUUUUUACGCCACCUCUUUGGUUAAUUUUUUCGCGCUGUCAAUUAUUGAUUUUUAAAAAAAUACUAUUUGUUUGUUGUGCGUUUAAUUGGUACCCUUAGUUGGUAGCAUUAUCACUCACAAUUAAAGUAUAUCUUACUACUACAAAAUACAGUCUAACAUUGCUAGCUAACAUUUAAAAACAUCUCAAUAUCUUAAAACAAUAUAAAACAAACGGUUUUGAAAAAUCAUUCACCGUGACUGCGACUAGAAGUGCAACGAAGUAGAUAAUAUAUUCUAAACAUUUAACAUGUAUUUUUGUGCGAGCCUCUAAUAUGUAAUAUAAUAUCUAACCUAUGUUCUUCCAAAUAUAUACCCAAACUGGUUGGGUUUGAACUUUGAAGAUAUUAACAAGGUACAAUAUUCGAGCAUAAAAAUAGUUUCUACAUACUCGUAUAAUUAUAAGUUGUAAUUUUUAUAAUAUAUAUAUCAUUAGGAAGUACAUUUUAGGAAUAAUGAAUGGAGUACAUUUUUAUAUUAAAUCUAUAAUAAACAAUAUGCUAAAAUUAAUAAACUUCGAAAUAAAUUAGGUAUUUACUUCAAGAUUUUCUUUCUAUAUAAUUAAUUUACUUCGAAGUUAUAUUAAUUAACAAAAACAGAAUUAAUUGCAUCAUUUGUUCUACCAUAAUAUAACAUAAGACGAGUACGAACACUGUUGAUUGCAAGGCGUACUUAUCACGUUCUUAGUUUUAUCUUGUCAAAAUGUGCAAUAUAGUUUUUAAGUUAAUUAUAUUUUUAACAAAAUCAAGCAACGAUUAGAUAAAAUUAAGAAAAAAGUAGUGACUUUUUUCUUAAUUUUAUUUAAUCUAAUCGUAACGAAACUUCUAUUUCGAAAUAUUGACGAGAUGAGCUAAAAUAAAAACGAAAAUAUGAAUCUUUCCAGUCUAAAAACGAACUACGAAGUCUCUAAGCCGACAGAUAUUAUAUAACCAUUAUUUUAGUGUCACUGUGUGAAUAUAAUUGUUAUUAACCUUCAGUAAAUUCCACGGCAAUAAGUUUCGCUUCAAGCAUCAUUUUUGUGAUAUUAACAAUUAAUUUUUUUGCAUUGAGACAGGUUGUAAUUUCUAGAAACUUCUAAAACUGUCUACAAAAACCAUAAACGAUCGAACCUUAAGGUUAUAUUCACACGGCAUUGUCUAGCAUGCUUUUUUCAGUAUACGUCUAAAUGAAUAUAUUGUGAACUUUAUUAAUCUUUAAGCGAACGAUUCUAUGAACAAAGAAUAUGCCACUAUUUCCUCGUUAAGACGUAUACUUACUAUAAAAAACUGCCCCAGUACGGUUUUAAGUACACUUUCAAGAAUAGAAAUUUGACUAGAGACUGGAUUACAUUUAUCAGCAUUUAUUCUUUGUCCAUCUUAACAAAAUUUGAUAUCAUAAACGUACCUACAUGCUAAAAUGUUCAUCCUCAUUUAUAAAUUUGUGCACUUCCAAAUAAUUAUGAUUCAAGCUAAAGGUCGUAGCUCAUUCGACCCACCCGGAACCCGACCCGCACUGCCUCGCCUCGAGUGGAUGGUAUACUUCGUAUAGAUUUGUAGGAGAAUGCGCUCAUUACAUCAAGUCCGUACCAACACGAAUUGCCUCGAUCGCGAGGUGUCCAUUCGCGCGGACUGGGAGUGGACCGCUCGAUGAUAGCUCGCUGUUGACAUGCUUGCCUCGCGUGAACGGCGAGUUAACAACGCGUGGUUCACUGAUGGUCCUCUGUCGACUCUCGGAAAUUCGUUGACCACGCGAGAUUCACUAGUGGACAACGCGGCGUCCACCCGUGGUCCACCUGUCGACAAGUGGACGCCUAGUGAAGAGGCGUUGUCAAUCGGAUCCCGGGUGUGUCAAGCUACCGUAGUGACCCGAAAUAACAACGCUGCAAUUCAUUACCUAUAUUUUGAAAUUUGAAUUCAAUUUAGUCAGUUCAAUAAAGAGUAGGUAAUAAAAUAACAAAAAAA